UUUUCCUAGAGUAUGUGCCUUGCGCCUUCCCCCACACACUCCCGUGGUCGCCUGCACUUGCGUUUGAAUCAUUCAAUUCUCCUCCUCCUCCUUCCCCUCCCCUUCCCAAUUUCUCCAGAGCAUCACGCACCCAGAGAGCCCCAAACCCUAGACGCACGCACGCACGCAGCCUCCCUCGGCUCAUGGGGUGCGCGCACGGCAAGUGCUGCCUGCCGCGGGGCGGGCAAGGACGACGAGCAGCGGGAGGCGGCCUUCCCGGCGGGCGCGGCGGCGCCACCCUGGGCCGCGCCGCGGUGCCGGGCGCGGACCUGGUGCUGGAGUACGCCACGCUCACGGUGGACGGGCUCUACCCGGACUCCCCGGGCCGCGAGUCGCAGGACGCCCACCUCGUCGCCACGCGCUUCGCGGGGGACCCCGACCUCCACCUCUUCGCGGUCUUCGACGGCCACGGCGCCUCCGGCACCGCCUGCGCCGCCUUCGCCCGGGACGCCCUCCCGCGCCUCCUCCUCGCCUCCUCCUCCUUCGCGGCCGACCCGGCCGCGGCGUUCCGGGACGCGAUGGCGGGGGUCAACGCGGAGAUGCACGCGGCGGCGGGCGUGGACGACUCCAUGAGCGGCACGACCGCCGUGGCGGCGCUCGUGGCCGGCGCCGCGCUGCACGUGGCCAACGUCGGCGACUCGCGCGCCGUCGCGGGGGUCUGGCGCGAGGGGCGCGUCGCCUGCGAGGACCUCUCCUGGGACCAAACCCCCUUCCGCGCCGACGAGCGCGCGCGCGUCAGGGCCUGCGGCGCAAGGGUCAUGUCCGUCGAGCAGGUGGAGGGCGCGCGCGACCCGGACGCCGAGGGCUGGCUCGCCGACGAGGGGGACCCGCCCCGCGUCUGGGCGCGCGACGGGCUCUACCCGGGCACGGCCUUCACGCGCAGCCUCGGCGACCUCGCCGCCGAGGGCGUUGGGGUUAUCGCCGACCCUGAGGUCAAGAGCGUCCAGAUCUCUCCGUCACACCUCUUCUUCGUCGUUGCGAGCGAUGGCGUGUUUGAGUUCCUCUCCAGCCAGGAAGUCGUUGACAUGGUGGCUAUGCAUCCAGAUCCUCGAGAUGCGUGCGCAGCAAUCGCUGCAGAGUCAUACAAACUAUGGCUAGAGCAUGAAAACAGGACAGACGAUAUAACUAUAAUCAUUGUGCAUAUCAGAGAUGCUCAAAAUUCAGGUCCUGCAGGGAGCGACAAAGCGAACUGCAGCAGCACCGGGGCACCAAUAGCACUGCACGCAGUACAGUCAGGGUUACCUGCAUUUGUACCGUCAGAAGCAAAUCACCUGAACGGAAUUGCUGCUGCACCCUCUUCUAGCUCUCCCACAGAACGACGCCUCUCCUGUGUUGCUCCUUCGCCUACACACCCUCUACUCGAAGUGGGUAAAGCAUCAGAAGCUUCCAGGCCAACUCAAGUUGAGUGGCAUUCAAAGGAAGGUGGUAACGAGCUAGAGCAACCGUUGCAGCUGCAGCGGCCACUCUCCUGCUGACCUUGCAUGAGUCCUUUAGCUUAUAUCUCAAAACAGAAGCUGCAGCACACUCUGGUUGCCAUUUUCGGGCUGACUUCCCGAAUGGUGAUGUUCUGCAGCUGUCGCAAAUCUCAGCGAUGUUGCUCGCUUUUUUCUUAGAGCACUUGCUGUGACAAUUCAAGGUUCUGGCCCAAACAGGGCCGUUUAACUAGGGGGUGGAUGGCGUUGAGAUGCUGUACUGGAACGCCGCCAAGUGUUUAUCUGGAGUGUGAUCUCUUGAUAAUUUCUCUUUGUUAAUUAUGGCAUCAUUUGAAAGCUGAUACUUGCCGUACUAUAGUAUGUAGUGCAGUGCUGAUGCCACAACGAAUACUUGACGCUUCUUUCAAAGCAGAGGGGGUCUAUAAAUAUCAGUGGUUAAUUUACA